AUGUGGUCGAAAAUUCGUUAUGGGGUCCGUUGGAAUCCUGCCGAGCGUUUGGCUCUCGCCACAAGAGCUUUGAACCUUCAAAAAGUGAAAUCAAUUGAUAUUUCCAUGGAUCCCCUUCAUCAUGACAACUUAUCUAUUCGAACUUUUUGGCAUUCGAUAAUGGCGCCGAAAGUGCGUUUGACGAAUCCGAAUGUUCGUGUGAAGGCCGAUAUUAGAAAUGAUCGACAACCGCCUUAUUUCACGGCAACUCUUGAUGACGGACACAAAUUGCACUUUAAAACGGAAAACAUGUCUGCGAUGGAUUUGAUAAUGACCUUUAAUCGAUUGACUGGACAGCCCGAGCUCGGAAAAGCUGGAACUCGACCGAGACCGAAAAUUUGA